CCUCCUCCCCCCCCGAGGCAGCAGCAGCAGUGACAGAGCACGGGCAGAGUGGAGGAGUGACACGGGUGCUCCAAGCAGGCAGGUGACGGAGCGGCGCAGCGGGUAUCAGGCAGACGGAGAGUAGCAGCAGCAGCAGCGGUCGGCAGCGGGGGAGGAGAAGGCGGGAGGGAGGGGGAGCAGGAGCCGCCCCGGAGGAGGAGGAGGGUGAGACGCAGAGGAAGAAGGAGAGGAGAUCUCGCCCCGGCUGCUGCCUUCUCGCUGACAGCCCGCAACCCGCCCGAUGCGAGAGUGUUUCCCCUGGCACUAGUAUGGCCACCACCGCCACCUGCACCCGCUUCACGGACGAGUACCAGCUGUACGAGGAGCUCGGCAAGGGCGCCUUUUCUGUGGUACGAAGGUGUGUGAAGAAAUCAUCCAACCAAGAAUAUGCUGCAAAGAUUAUCAACACCAAGAAAUUGUCUGCUAGAGACCACCAGAAGUUGGAGCGUGAGGCUCGGAUUUGCCGGCUUCUAAAGCAUCCCAAUAUUGUGCGCCUCCAUGAAAGUAUUUCAGAAGAGGGUUUUCACUAUCUUGUUUUUGACCUGGUCACAGGCGGAGAGCUAUUUGAAGACAUUGUAGCGAGAGAAUAUUACAGUGAGGCUGAUGCCAGCCACUGUAUUCACCAGAUCCUGGAGAGUGUCAACCACAUCCACCAACAUGACAUAGUCCACAGAGACCUGAAGCCUGAGAACCUGUUGUUGGCCAGUAAAUGCAAGGGGGCUGCAGUGAAACUGGCAGAUUUUGGUCUUGCCAUUGAGGUCCAGGGAGACCAGCAAGCAUGGUUUGGUUUUGCUGGUACACCGGGUUACCUCUCCCCAGAGGUGUUAAGAAAAGACCCUUAUGGAAAGCCAGUUGACAUAUGGGCUUGUGGGGUUAUUCUGUACAUAUUACUAGUGGGUUACCCUCCUUUUUGGGAUGAAGAUCAACAUAAGCUCUAUCAGCAGAUCAAAGCUGGAGCAUAUGAUUUCCCGUCACCUGAGUGGGACACAGUGACUCCGGAAGCAAAGAAUUUAAUCAAUCAGAUGCUGACAAUAAACCCUGCAAAACGCAUCACAGCAGAUCAGGCUCUGAAGCACCCGUGGGUCUGCCAACGAUCAACAGUUGCCUCAAUGAUGCACAGACAAGAGACAGUAGAAUGUCUGCGGAAAUUCAACGCUCGGAGAAAGCUUAAAGGUGCAAUUCUCACUACGAUGCUGGUAUCUCGGAAUUUUUCAGGUGGAGGUAACAGAAGAGAGAAAAAGGAGAACACUACAGUUGGCAGGCAGAGCUCCGCCCCCGUUGCAGCCGCCACCAGCGCUGCCAACUUGGCUGAGCAAGCUGCCAAAAGUCUGUUAAACAAGAAGACAGAUGGAGUCAAGAAAAGGAAGUCCAGCUCCAGUGUGCAUUUAAUGCCGCAGACCAACAACAAAAACAGCAUAGUAAGCCCAGCAAAAGAAAACCCCCCAUUGCAGACAACAAUGGAACCUCAAACAACUGUUGUCCACAACGCAACAGAUGGGAUAAAAGGAUCAACCGAGAGCUGUAAUACCACCACUGAAGACGAAGACUCAAAAGCAUCUCUUCUCUAUCCUGGGGAUGGCCCUUUGCUUCUCCAAGGAUGGAGCCAAGGCGAGAGCAAAACACAGACUCAGUCCUUGCAGUCACAGUUUGGUCUGUGUGGUGCAGCCACUUCCCAGUCUUGUGAAGAGAAAGUGCUAGCCUGGGAAAGCCCAGGUCAGACACUGGAGCUAGAGCAUGCUCAGCCGGAGCCAGUGCUCACUCCAGUUGUACCAUUCUCACUUAGCAAUUCACUGUUGCGGAAACAGGAGAUUAUCAAGAUUACUGAGCAACUGAUUGAAGCUAUCAACAAUGGGGACUUUGAUGCUUACACAAAGAUUUGUGAUCCUGGCCUGACCUCAUUUGAACCUGAAGCUCUUGGUAACCUUGUUGAAGGAAUGGACUUUCAUAAAUUUUAUUUUGACAAUUUGUUGUCCAAAAAUACAAAGCCUAUCCACACCACGAUCCUGAAUCCACAUGUGCAUGUAAUUGGGGAGGAUGCGGCCUGCAUCGCCUACAUCCGGCUCACACAGUACAUAGACGCCCAGGGAAGACCUCGUACUACGCAGUCAGAAGAGACUCGGGUCUGGUACCGUAGGGAUGGCAAGUGGUUGAAUGUCCACUAUCACUGCUCCGGGGCCCCAGCUGCCCCUCUCCAGUGAGGAAACAGUACAGCCUCUCCAGUGGAAGAACCUCUUUCUAGCGAGCAAGUGUGGAUUGCCUAAACGACGGCAACAGUCCUGUUCGUUCAGAAGUUUUAAAAAGAUAAAAAGUAAAAAAUUAUAAAAAAUAAAAUAUUGAUGCCGGCAGUAGCCAAAAAUGCACGAAAACCCUGCAUGCAUUCUGAGGCUGAAGCAGCUGCUGGCUAAUUGUUGUAUUUCAUGGAUCCAUCGUGUCUGUUCCUGCUGUUACGGAGGUGUUUUUAAAGUUUCAAAAUGAGCAAAAACUAACAUAAAAGCGUAUAUAUAUUGUUUGUUAAAAACCAGGCUGAGGAGUAUAUGGCUGCUUUUAGAGAGAACGAGAGAGAGAGUAUGGGACUGACAGCCACCUCAGGCAUCAUUUGGAAAAAUAAAAUAAGAAUACAACGUGUAAGGCUAUAAAAAGAAACAACUAGACAUGUUAAUUGGGAGGAGCUGCUGCAUAACAAUAUGUCAGGGCAGAGAUAUGGGGUCUAUCAUUACCCUGAAGACUGCUGUGGUCUUCAUCUGUUAAAAGUUGUGGACUUGCAACGUUGCAUAAGGUAGAGCCACAAGCGGAGGUGUUUUCUUUUUUUUUUAUUUCACUCUGUUCUAGAUUUUAUUUUUUGAAACCUUCCAGAUAUUGUUGGCUGAAUUGUUCCUCCAACGUAGCAAUGAGCUGGCAAAUUUGUCAUCCACCCACUGGCUCCUAAGAACAGAAAUGGUCUAUGUUAAGAAGAGGAUGGGCAGGGAGAAAUAUUAAUGAAAUAAUAAAGAAAUAGGUAUAUAGAAAAGGUAUAUAAUGUACAUCCUGCAGAAGGAACAUUUCAUUAGUGGCUAUGUUGAUAUAAUUAACUUUUGUUAUGAACUGUUGGGAGAAUAUAGAUGAAAAAUAGAAGCUGAUGCGUUUUGGGAGAGGUUUAGAAUAAAACCACUUCCUGGAUGGUAUAUAUGUAAAAGGGGCUGAUAUAUUUUCACAGUGAUAAAGCUUUGUGUAUUAUUAAGCAGAUUAAAAAGUUCUGCUUGUAUGUCAAGAGUGGUCUGUCAUGAGUGAACCAAUACACUGAACUUGGAUGCGUAGAGAUGUAUGCAUGUCUUUCUGUGCUUGCCUGCACCUUCUAAACUGUAUGAUCUGGUGGCCCUUCAUUUUCUUGCAAGAGGGUGUCUGUUUGAUAACUUCAUUUUUGAGAAAACCAAGCCUUUAAGGUUUCCAUCUCUUUGUAAAGCCCUCUGCUUUCACUCAUAAUCUAUGUCUGAAUCUGCACUCUCCUUGUUCUGCAAAAUCUCAUUUAGAUCCAAGGGUGCGCUUGGCUUUUCCCACAUCUGGAUUUUCCUUUCUCGAGAGAUUUAGUUCUCUUUAUCCUGACAAGUAGCGCUAACAAACGGAUAUGUGAUGUAGAUUAUGUUGCAUAUCACAAUUUCAUUAAUAAAAGAAAACAAUGCACAAAUUGAGAUAAAGCCACCUUUUCUGAAACAAGUCUAAUCUACGACGAUACAACUGAUUGUUAACGCAGACUGAUGUAGAAUUGCAAAAAAAAAAAAAAAAACAUCUUUCUUGUUAGGAUGUAAUGUUUUUGGUCGCCUUAAUUAAGAAAUAAAAAAUAAAGACUGUUCAGAAGUUUUUUUUAGGCGGAAGAAAAGUUUGUGAACUUGCCAUUGUUGCACAAUUUGGACUAUUUAAGUGUUUUGAUAGGUGCAUGUAAUGGUAUUUCAUCCUCACUUGUAAUAAACUAAAUAGUAAGUUGGGCUUACUGAAGAAACUGUAUUUGUGGAAAUUUGCACAUGGGCUAAGCAUGUUCUCCAGAAUUCCUGAGAUGACCGGUGCGAGAUGUAACAGAAAGGAAACUAUAUAUUAGUUGGUUCUAUAUUCAAUCAAAUAUUGUAGUUUAUAAAAAAAAAUAAAAAAAAAGGAAUUGGGUUAACACAAAACAGUUUGGAAUGCUUGUGUGAAAUUAUAAGAGCACAGGGGAGGGAUAGGGUUGGGGGUAGGCUUUUUCAUGGUUUGGGGGGAUAAUGCUUUUAUGCUCUUUUUGUUUGUUUUUCCAACAGCACUAAAUUUUAACAAGUUGGGAGGUAAUAUUUAGGUGUUUUAACAGUUAUAACAAAAGGGAAAACCAAACAAAAUAAAAUAUAUGCAGUUAAAUUAAGAAAACUUAUGCAUGUCUACUUUAGGUCUGCUCCUUCACUGUAUACUUGAUUAAUUAUAUGAGAAUCGCUCUGUAUUUAGUGCAUCUUUCUAAAAUAAAACCUUUCUAAUUUUUUCCUGUUUUUUUUUUUCUUUCUUUUUUUCUAUUUUUCUUUUUCACUGUCUUUGGGGGAAAAAUAAUUUUCUUUUUAAGUUAAUUAAAAAAAAAAAAAACCUUAGCUUGGUAAGGUCAUUAAUUGACAAACCAGUACACUUCUAAGCAUUGUUACUGUUAUCUUAUGGGGCUAUUGUAAGCAUAUAUAUAAUAUAUAUUAUAAAUAUCACGUUUUAAACAGGACUUGGAAAGGCAUUUGAUGCAGAAUCUUUGCAUGAUAAUAGAAAAAUAAAACAAUUACCCUGUGUUUGUUUGUUCUGAAUGUUGGUAGAUCUUCAUAGCUUUGUUACAUUGAAACCUUGGACAAAAGGUAUUUAAUAAAAUAACAUUUAAACCAUG